CAUCACCCCUCCUCCCCUUUGUGUGUGUCUUAUUUUGGGUGUCUGUUUGAUCAACUUCUUACCGGACUCCAGCUACCUACCAUCAUCCCAUCUCUAGUCUAUCGAUAACACCACAAUCCACAAUGGGACUCUUUGGCUCAUCUGACCCCACCGUCAAGCAGGAGAAGCUCAUCAACAAGGAGGCAAAGAACGACGAGAAGGCUCUCAAGUCAGCUAUCAAGGACGUAUCCAACACUGAGAAGGAUGAGCGUCACGCUCUCAAGCAGAAGCACGCCGCUACCGAAGCGUACGAGAAAUCUAUGAAGCACGAGCAAAAGAUUCGUGAAGAGCUCACCAAGCUCACUGCUAAACACGAAGCCGCCGUCUCUCACAUGAAGGCAAUGGAGAAGGAACUUCAAUCGAAGACUGAGGCUCACCAAAGAGCCUACGAUCUCAGUCACAAGACUAAGGGUGAACUUGAAAACCUGCAGAAGGAGAACGCCGGCCACGAGGCCGAACGACAACGACGUCUCAAUCAGCUCCACGGUACCGUCGGCGCCGCAGCUGGAGGUGAUGGUGUCCUUCGAGACAUUAACGGAAACCCGGCGCACGGACCUGAUGCUCGAGGAAUCUCUCGUGAACCAUCCAAUGCGAGCCGCCACAACGUUGCACCAAUCGCUGCCGGUACGGCGGUCGGAGCAGGUGCAGGUGUCGCAGGCGCCGAAGCUGUCUCGCACGAAGGUACCGCACCUCAGACUUACCAAGCUCCAGCGGCAACUCAAACCGUCCCUCAGACGACUGAGCACCUCGCUUCGCCAACCACUACCACUACCACAAAUGCCAACACCUUUGCGCCUCCGCCAUCUCAUCCUUCUACCGCACCGCAGUCUGCUGCUCCUUCCGUUGUCGGCUCGACGACAUCUCCCACCAUCGCCACCGCCCCUGCUGUCCAGACCACCGCCCCGACACAUGAAAACAUGUCUCCAUUGGGAACUGUGCAACCCCAUCAGACCACUACUGAGGGUCAGCAUGUCGCGGAGGCCGUCAAGUCGAUGUAGGUGAGGACGUUACUAUGGAGAGCCCUUUACUUUAGUCUAUAGAUCCUUUUCAUCCUCUACCUACUCUCAUCUUCCCUACGGCCAAUUUGAUCUGGGCUACUGUUAUACACGACUGUCCUACACAAUCCUGCGAAUGCAUGUCUUGAUAC